AAAUUACUGACGGAAGUUUGGCUGAGAAGAUUGGUUUAAAAGUUGGUUGGCCUGUAGUUAAAAGCUGUGUUUUUAAUUUAUAUAUUUUGUACUUUUAUUGGAUUGGCUUUCAAUAAAAUGGGGAAAGUGAAAGCGCCGGCCGCGGCGGUGAAGGAGAACCAGAAGCAACUGCAUCCGCAGUCAGCCAUGAACAAGACCCUGUGCCUAGCCUCCAAGCAAACACGUUCUAAACGUGUCCCACUGCAAGAUGAAAACUCUGCAACUUUGAAGAAUCAAAUGAAGCUCCAAGUAAAGUACACAGUUAAAUGUGAAACUCCGAGGCGGCGAGGAGAUGAACAGAAGAUUUGUAUUGCCACUGCUGGCAAUUCCACAAAGUCGACUAAAGAGACGAGUAGGGAAAGAAGUACAAGUGAGGAAGGAGCAGAGACUGCAACGACUGCCUCGCUCGCUAGGGGCAAAUCCCAGAAAAAGAGCAAGUCUGCUGCUCAGCCUCCCGGGAGGAGCAAAAGCACAAAAGCAAAUGCAAAAUGUGUUCCAACGAAGUGUAUCGGGAAGCCUCGGAAACGCACACCUGCGAAAAGCCCAGCGGGCAGGUACCGCAAGGUCACUGAUUACUACCCAAUCCGGAGGAGCCAUAGGAAGUGUGAAGGACAGCUGAAGUCAGAAGAAAAGAAAAUAAUUGAUGAAUUGAUUCAGACUGGGAAGGAAGAAGGAAUGAAGGUUAGUAUGAUUGACGGGAAGGGUCGCGGUGUGGUGGCCACAAAGCCUUUCCAGCGCGGCGAGUUUGUGGUGGAAUACCAUGGGGACCUCAUCGAAUUUGCCGAUGCCAAGAGCCGCGAGACUGAGUACGCACAGGACCCCUCCACCGGCUGCUACAUGUAUUAUUUCCAGUACCUCAGUAAAACUUACUGUGUGGAUGCGACAAAGGAAACGACACGCCUGGGCCGUCUGAUCAAUCACAGUAAGAAUGGGAACUGCCAGACCAAGUUACAUGACAUGGACGGGAAGCCCCACCUUAUACUUGUUGCCUCUCGGGACAUUAAAGACGGCGAGGAGUUGCUUUAUGAUUACGGAGACAGGAGCAAGGCAUCAAUUGCAGCACAUCCCUGGCUGAAGCAGUGAGACAGACGAGAUUUAUUUUUGGGAUUUCAAGCUGUCUGAACCUUCUAUCGGGCCUUGAAGCAUCAUUUCAUUAAAUACCAUGGAGCUGGCCUUGCAUCUUAGGAACAUUUUAGAUCUUAAUGCUUUAUAAAUCUUGCACACGGGUGUGCUUUAGUGUCUUGCUGCCAUAAAGCAGAUUUGGUAUUUUAUAUAAACUAUUUUCUUUGUACAGUAGCAGCUGAGACCUGCUUCUGUGUUCUGCAAAAGAAACUGUUAUUGAAUGGUCUCAUUUCUAAAGAAAUGAACCAAUUUUAGAAAGCCUCGGUGUGUGCCGGUGCUGAAUUCAAUGUCCCUUCUGUCUAGAAGAUGCAGUUGGACGUUUCCAAUGAGCGCUUGAUUACUUUCACUGAAAUGCAUUUUUAAAGCCGGUCUCUGCAUUUCAUGCUUGAUCCCCGGUUAUAAAUAGAUAUUUAAAGUUUGUGUACAAAAGCUUCAUGUUGAAGAAUAUUUAAAUAAACUGUGACCUAGUCAUACUGAAGCCAGUUGUGUUACAGGAGGCUCCAGCGAGAAGAGUUCUGUUACCAAAGUUCACAGUUCAAUUUUUUAGCAGAGUACAUACAUGUCACCACGUACAACCUGGAGAUUCUUUAUCCUGUGGGCAUACUCAGCAAAUCUAUAGAAUAGUAACUGUAAACAGGAUCAACGAAAGAGCAUCAAAGAUGGCAGCUUGUUGAAAUGCAACUAUAAAUAGCAGCAAAUAAUGAGAGCAUGAAAUAACAAGAUAGAGGCACUGGUGAGGCCUUACUUGCAGUAUCAUGAGCAGUUUUAGGGCCCAUAUCUAAGAAAGGAUGUGAAGAAGAUUUUUUUCUAUGGGGAGUUGUGGGGGGUGGGGGAAGAGCCUAAGACCAGAGGGCACAGCCUCAAAAGAGAGGGAUGUCUAUUUAGAACUGAAAUGAGAAGUAAUUUCUUCAGCCAUAGCGGUGAAUCUGUGGAGCUCAGGUCGUUUGGGUGCAUUUAAGGCAGAGGUUCAGAGGUUCUUGAUUAGUCAGGGCAUGAAAGGUUAUGGGGAGAAGGCAGGAGAUUGGGGCUGAGAGAGAAAUGGAUCAGCCAUGAUGAAAUGGCAGAACAGAUGCAAUGGGCUGAAUGGCCUAAUUCUGUUCCCAUCUCUUAUGGUCUUACCCCAUGGGUAGGAAGCUGGAUGUGUCACUGCAACAUUUCUGACUGUCUUCUCUCUGUUUAAGGGUUUUAGAAAGAUUCUUCAGUGACGGCUCCUCACACUACCUUAUUGAGGUGGUGUGCAUCUGACAGGCUAUUGCGUACUGGCUUGAGUAUCACAUACUCCAACAGAGGCCUCAAACUCCAAGGAGAGGGUCCUGCUCUCAUUGCAAUCCCUCUGUACCCCCUGCACCUCACACGCAAGACCCCCAACUCCUGUACAGUAAAACUGAACUGGCCAUAUCUCAUACCCAGGCCAUUUUAUUUUAAACUUCUGACACCCUUUGGUUGGGGGGGGGGGGGGUGGGCCAAAGGCCAUAGUUAACUGUCAUACGUGGGAAACUUACUGAGCCUUUCACAGGCUCUGGAUUCCACAGUAGCCAGCAACCUGGGUUCAAUUGCCACUGCACUCUAUAAGGAGUUUGUACGUUCUCCCUGUGACUGUGUGGGUUUCCUCCCACAGUCCAAAGAUGUACAGGUUGGUACUGGUGGUUAAUUUGUCCCGAGGUGUAAUUGGGCAAUGAGGGCUCGUUGGAGGUACAGGAACCUGAAGGCACACACUCAAUGUUUUAGCCUUGUGUUUUAUGGUCUUAGCGGAGGUUGACAGGUUCAUGGUUAGUUAUUGCCUCAAAGGUUAUGUGAAGGAGGUAGGAGAAUUUAGGAGGGAUGAUUAUCCAUGAUGGAAUGGCAAAGCAGGUGGAGUGGUGUAAUUCUGUUGUCUCGUGGUCAAAUGAGCAGCUGUUGAUUCGGAUUUAGUUGCGUGCACCUCAAAACAGACAGUGAGAUGCGCUGUUUGCCUUAACAACUAACACACCCAAGGAUCGUUGGGGGUAGCCCGCAAGUGUUGCCAUACAUUCCACGAUCGACACAGCAUGCUCAAGAUGUUCAGCAGAAUAACACAAACCCCUGUUCCACCCUCUCCCUCACUCACACAGACCUGUCUCCACUCCAACCCCUGGCAGGGGGUCUUUGACUCUGGCCCCUCAAACCAGCAGACCAUGGAAGUUGGCGACCUCCAGUGUCACAGACUUGACCUUCAGGCUUUUCCCUCCAGACACGCUGACCUUGGUCGUCAGGCUUCCUGCCCCUGAGAUCUGAGCUCUGCACUUGGACAUUUGGCUUUGGUCUUCAAGCUUUGGAAUAGACCAGCUUGAAGGAUGGUUCCAGAGCAGCAGUUUCAGUGCUGGCCUUCAAUACCAACCCCCUUUUUGUAUGGAGUUCGCACGUUCUUCCUGGGACUGUCAAAUGCUCCAAUUUCCUCCCACAUCCCAAAAACGUACACUGGUAUUUAAAUGGCAGAUUCUGUGUAGGUAAAUGGUAGGUGGGCAUGCAGGUGGGAGAGGGGGAGAUGAUGCUUGUUGUGACUGAUCAAAGUCACCAGAGAGACACUGAAGCUGGUGAUAUAAAAAAUCUUUAUUGACGAUAGCAAGUCUGGAGACUCUCUCAGUAGAGGCUCACAAACUCCAGGUGUUGUGUAUUUUUUUAUACCCUUAAGAUCAAAGGUAACAACAGCAGGUGAUUCAAUGGUUGCAGUGACAUUGUAAACUGCAAGCAGUAAAUUGAAGUAAAGAAUGAAAAAUGAAAGCUAA